AUGGAAGGAAACCGAGACCAAACCUUUCCCUUCCAACCGCUGCUGCCUUUAGAGGACCUGCCUCUGUCUCACAGACAGGAUCAUCUGCACCCUGAAGCUUUAUUGGGUCAGAAUCACCCGGCGUCAUCCUCAGCAUCGACCUGCACACUAGAGCUGCUCAUCAUGCAUGAAAGCUGCUUUAAGGAAUCAACGCAGGCCUGUCCGUCCAGGAGCACGGGAGACUGCAGCUGCCCCGUGUGUCUGCAGACGGCUACAUUCCCAGUCCAGACCAACUGUGGCCAUUUAUUCUGUGCCAACUGCCUGCUUACCUACUGGAGACAUGGCUCCUGGUUGGACGCGGUCAGCUGUCCCCUCUGCAGACAGAAGGUCAGUGUGCUGUGCAACCUGUUUAAGGAGAGUCGAUCAGAUCAGCAGUCCAAGAAAGUCCUGGGAGAAAUCACAGACUACAACAAACGCUAUUCUGGAGCCCCACGAAGGGUGACCGACUACCUCUGCGAUGCGCCUCUCCUCCUGCAGUUACUGACCCGCGGUCUGGGCACCAUGGGAGGUCUGGUCUGGCUCUUCCUGUUCAGGGUGGCCCUGUGCUGUGUGGGGACCGUGGUGUCCAUCUCCUCGCCUGAGGCGGACCCUACAGCUUCGCCAUCGAGCCAGCUGGAAACUGACCCCUCUCUCUGCGGACUGUUGGGGGUUCUGGAUGACCUGGUGGUGGUCUUUCUGCUGCUCCUCUGCGUCAUUAAUGUUAAUCAGCAAAUCACACCAGAAGGGGGACCCUCGCCAAACAGGACGACCUCACAGGAAGUAACGGGGAGCUCACUGUAGUUUAAUGUUGAUGCACCGUCAGUAUAAGCUGCUAGAAAAUGGACUUUUUACUCUCCGCCUGUUUGGAUUAGCAGAUGAGAGGAUAUUGAUAAGUGCUGUUUGCUAAGAGUGUGGGAGUGGGACGCCGUCUGAGCCCCUCAGACUGUGGACUGUUGCCAAGUGUUUACAGAGCUUAUGUAACCGUGAUGCGUUCAAACGCAGCACGCUGGUUCAGCUCUUGUUACAACUCAUCGAGUUCCUAAGCUGAUGUUCAGUUG